AUGGUCUUCAACAUCGCCUUUGACCAUGAGCCCUUGGGCCGCGUCUCCUUCGAGCUGUUUGCAGACAAAGUUCCAAUGACAGCAGGAAACUUUUGUGCUCUGAGAACUGAGGAGAACGGAUUUGGUUAUAAAGGUUCCUGCUUUCACGGAAUGAUUCCGGAACUUAUGUGCCAGGGUGGUGACCUCACAUGCCAUAAAGGCACAGGCGGCAAGUCCAUCGAUGGGGAGAAAUUUGAAGAUGAAGCAUGCGGGUCCUGGCAUCUCGUCCAUGGCAAAUGCUGGACCCAACACCAGCGAUUCCGCUUUUCAUCUGCACUGCCAAGGCUGUGGUUGGACAACAAGCGUGUGGACCUUGGCAAGGUGAAAGAGAGCAUAAACAUUGUAGACCUACUCUGA